GAGUGAAAACGUUCAUGAUGAAAGAAACAUUCUGCUAGUGCCUAGUACGAAUCACAAGACACCUCAUUGUAGGAACUUCAAGCUAUGGAAAAAACAGUAGCAUGUUCAGUGGAGAAGGUCCAGCCGUCUGUCUCUGAAGAGGUUCAGAAAUGUCUGCAGCCUUUGUUGCUGACCCAGAAGCAGCUGGAAGCUGUGAGGGAUCUGAUGGCAGUCAACAUGGAAAGAGGACUAAAGGCAAAACCAGACCAUCCAUCAACCUUGAAAAUGCUCCCAACAUAUGUCCGCUCAACUCCACUUGGCACUGAAUGCGGUGAAUUCUUGGUGCUUGACCUCGGAGGUGCAAAAUUCCGAAUUGUUUAUGUGAUAUUGGAUGGUUCUCGUGGAGUAGAGAUGGAAAGUGAAGUGUGUGACAUUCCAGAGGAAAUAAUGACUGGGACAGGACAGAAGCUGUUUGAUCAUGUUGCUGAGUGUCUUGGUCGCUUUCUUGAACAACGAACCCUAAAACAUAAAAUUUUCCCCCUUGGAUUCACUUUUUCCUUCCCUUGUCAGCAAAGUCAGUUAGACAAGAGUGUUCUUAUUUCUUGGACCAAAGGAUUUCACUGUUCUGGUGUGGAAGGAAAAGAUGUGGUUCAGUUGUUAAAGGAUGCCAUUCAGAGGCGGGGGGAAUAUAAAGUUGAUGUUAUUGCCAUUGUCAAUGACACAGUUGGGACAAUGAUGAGCUGUGGCUACAAAGACCACGGUUGUGAGGUUGGCUUUAUUGUUGGCACUGGUACUAAUGUCUGCUACAUGGAGGAGAUGUGCAAUGUGGAAUCUGUAGAGGGAGAUGAAGGCAAAAUGUGCAUCAAUAUGGAAUGGGGAGCACUUGGUGAUGAUGGGGCUUUAAGAGAUAUUGAAACGGAGUAUGACCAGCAAAUAGACCAGGCAUCCCAUACACCUGGAAAGCAGAGGUUUGAUAAGCUGAUUAGUGGAAUGUACAUGGGAGAAAUUGUGCGUCAGAUACUUAUUAAACUGGCCAAUAAAGGGAUACUGUUCGGCGGCAAUACAACAUCUCAACUACUUGCCAAGGAAGCGAUACAAACCAAAGAUGUGUCAGAAGUCGAAAAUGAUAAUUCCAGUCUAGCAAAAGCUAAAAAUCUCGUGGCUUCAUUGGGCUUAAAUCCAACUGCGAAAGACUGUGCGGUGGUGAAAAGUGUGUGCAAUGCUGUGUCCACAAGAUCUGCCAAAUUGUGUGCUGCUGGACUUGCUGCAGUUGCCAACCGCAUUAAGAAUAAUCAUCAUGACCCAAUGGGACGUAUCACCGUGGGAGUGGAUGGUUCGGUUUACAAAACAAACCCAAAGUUUGGUGAACAUCUCAAUCGGACUCUUAAGGAGUUGGCUCCAGGCUGUCAAAUUAAGUUUCUAGUGUCUGAGGAUGGAUGUGGAAAAGGCACAGCCAUUGUAACGGCUGUAGCACAACGUCUUGCUGACCAAAGACAAUUAAUUGAUAAAAUCCUAGAACCUUUUAUUAUGACCAAGGCAAAACUGAAAGAGGUGGAAAAACGAAUGAGAAAUGAAAUGGAAAUUGGUCUUCAGAAAAGGACACAACCUAAAGCUAUCGUGAGGAUGCUUCCCACAUUUGUGCGUGCUACACCAAAUGGAAAAGAACGAGGAGAGUUUCUAGCUCUCGACUUGGGAGGAACCAACUUUCGUGUUUUAUAUACCCACGUGGGCAUAAAACAUGAGGGAGGAGUACAAAUGAAAAGCAAGACUUUUGCCUUGCCCACAGAAAUAAUCCAAGGAACUGGAGAACAGCUUUUUGAUCACAUUGUGAAUUGCAUCACAGAAUUUCAAGAAGAAAAUAAUCUUCAAGGGAAACGAUUGCCUUUGGGUUUUACAUUCUCCUUUCCGUGUAAGCAGAACAGUCUAGAUCAGGGCAUCCUGAUUUCUUGGACAAAAGGUUUCAGUGCCUCAGGAUGUGUGGGAGAGGAUGUGGUCCGGCUACUCAGAGAAGCUGCAGUUAGGAGAAAGAAUUCUGACUUCUAUGUUAUAGCACUUGUAAAUGAUACUGUGGGAACAAUGAUGUCCUGUGGAUAUGAUGAUCCUGCCUGUGAAGUAGGCCUGAUAGUAGGUACAGGGACUAAUGCUUGUUAUAUGGAGGAAAUGAAAAAUGUCGAGUUGCUGAAUGGAGAUGAUGGUCAAAUGUGUAUUAAUAUGGAGUGGGGCGCAUUUGGAGACAAUGGGUGCCUGAAUGACAUCACUACUUCUUUUGAUGAAGAUGUUGAUAACCACUCUAUUAAUCCUGGGAAACAAAGAUAUGAGAAAAUGAUCAGCGGAAUGUACUUGGGAGAGAUUGUGCGCAAGGUCCUAAUCGAACUCACUCAACAAAAAGUUUUAUUUGGUGGCAAAAUCUCUGACAAGCUAAAUACAACAGGACUUUUUCCUACGAAGUUCUUAUCCAGCAUUGAAAGUGAUACUCUUGGCCUACUGCAGGUUCGUGCCAUUUUAGCUGAGUUGGGUUUGAAGAGCACAUGUGAUGAUACAGUGCUGGUAAAAGAGGUUUGUACCACAGUGUCAAGAAGAGCAGCUCAACUAUGUGCUUCUGGCAUUGCUGCUGUUGUACAGAAGAUCCGAGAAAACCGAGGUCUCGAGCAUCUUAAAAUCACUGUAGGAGUGGAUGGAACUUUGUACAGGCUGCAUCCCCACUUUGCUGGAGUGCUUAAGAAGACUGUGCAGAUGUUGGCUCCAGAAUGUGAGGUUACCUUCCGUCUUUCAGAAGAUGGUUCUGGAAAGGGGGCAGCUUUAAUUACUGCUGUCGCUUGUCGUGUUGCUGGUACUGAGCCACUGCCAGCGUAACACAGGUCAAAUAUUAACCGGCCUACAUUUUGAAAUAUUACUCUUCUGCCAAUCAAUGAAUGUUAUUGUCCUUUUUAAUGUUCUAUUUAUAUGGAAUUUUUCUGUAUAAUUUGUAAAAAUUAAAUAUUUUUGCAUGGA